AUGACUGACCACGUUGAAGAUGUUAAGAAGCCUGAGUUGACGACUCACAUCACCGACAAGGAUGACAAGGAAUCGACUGAGUCUAUGGACGUCUAUGCCCAAGAGUACAUGUCCAAGUUUUUGGAUAUCUCUAACAACGCUAAGGAGAAUGAUAGCAAGGAGAAAAAUAUGUCUCUUAAGGAAGGUAUCAAGACCUUUCCAAAGGCUGCUAUGUGGUCUGUGAUUUUGUCUUCAGCUAUUGUCAUGGAGGGAUACGAUCUCAACCUUAUCAAUUCGUUUUAUACAUUUCCCAGUUUCGUCAGAUCAUUUGGUGAAUACUAUCCAGAGAGUGACAGAUGGGAGAUUCCUGCUCGGUGGCAGACUGGUCUCAGUAUGGCUGUCAACUGCGGUCAAGUCCUUGGUUUAUUUAUCGUUGGUUUCGUUUCUGAAAGAUUGGGAUACAGAAAGACUAUGAUCUCGUCUUUGCUUUUGGUGACUGCUUUGAUUUUUAUCGUAUUCUUCGCUCAAAAUAUUACAAUGUUGCUUAUCGGUGAGAUUUUGCUUGGUUUACCAUGGGGUGCAUUCCAGGCCAUAACUUUGUCUUAUGCUUCUGAGGUUUGUCCAACUGUCUUGCGUUUGUACUUGACAACCUAUGUUAAUGUCUGUUGGGUCAUUGGCCAGUUGAUCUCUUCUGCUGUGUUGAGAGGCCUUGUCAACUCUGAUAUUACUGACUCCUGGAAAAUCCCAUUCGGCCUUCAGUGGGUCUGGCCUGUUCCCAUCGCCAUUGGUGUAUACUUCGCUCCCGAAUCGCCUUGGUGGUUGGUGAAAAAGGGUAGAUACAAUGAGGCAAAGCAUUCGCUCGAAAGAUUGUUGACUGAAAAUGAACACUUGCCAGACAAGCUGGUCAUGUCGCAAGCUAUGGUGGACAAAAUAAAGUUGACAAUUAAGGAAGAAGAGGCGAUCAGUGCUGGUGUGUCUUUCAAAGACUGCUUCAAGAAAAAGAACAUCAGAAGAACAAGAAUCUCGUGUUUAACAUGGUUGAUGCAAAAUAUCACCGGUUCCGCUUUCAUGGGAUAUUCCACUUACUUCUACUUGCAAGCAGGUUUAUCCACGUCAAUGUCUUUUACGUUCUCAAUUAUUCAGUAUGUUUUGGGUAUCAUCGGAACUUUGGUCGCCUGGUUCACAUCCCAGAAGCUUGGUCGUUACGACUUAUACUUCAACGGUAUGAUUUUGCAGUUCCUUCUCUUAGUCACAACUGGUAUCCUCGGCUGCUUCCCAAGUGAUGCUACUUCAUGGGUGUUGGCUCUUUGCUUUUGGUUUGGUCCAAUCACUUAUUGUUUGGUGACGGAGAUGCCAUCGGCUAGCUUGAGAACCAAGACUGUUAUCUUGGCUAGAAAUUGUUAUAAUAUUGCUGGUAUUAUUAUUGCCAUCAUCAUGCCCUACAUGUUGAACCCAACAGCUUGGAACUGGAAAGCAAAGACUGGUUUCUUCUGGGCUGGUUUUGCCUUCUUGGCUUGUGUUUGGUGUUACUUGGACAUGCCAGAAACCAAAAACAGAACUUUUGCAGAAUUGGACCAUUUGUUCGAAAAAGGAGUUCCAGCUAGAAAGUUCAAGCUGACUAACGCUGAUAUCUUCGAUGUUGAUGAAAUGAUGGGUAAACUUGGUGAUGACGCAGUUAGAGACAUAAUUGAGUCUAACCGUCUUGAGAACAGCACUAUUGAAAAGGUUUAA